CCAGAGAGAAAAGGAGAGAACAAUUCUCUCUGCUUCUCAUAACAUCACAGCCACCAUACCCCUCCAUUCUGUUCUUCCUUUCUUCCUUGUUAAAAUAAUUACAAAGAAAAGGAAGAAAGCCCUACCAAGCAAGUAACACUUUUUUUUAAGGAACAUUAUAGCCAUGUCAUAUAUUACAAUCUUGUUUUAUUAUAUAAACCACUGCAAACACCUCACAUAUUCCCCAAUUUCAGCUUCCUACGUACUUUUUCUUUGUCGUUGUUCAUUCACUCUUCUUUAAAAUUCUUAUUCUUCUAUAGAUAAGCGAAAGGGUAAACCACAAAUAUCGAAGAACCUAACCCAUUUCAAUUGCUACUUCGAUGAAGCUUUCUAAUUUCUGCGUUCUCUUAAUUUGCCACUUUACUUCAUUCAUUCCUUUCAUUAUUGAAACUACUGCCUUCAAUCUCACCCUUCCACAUCAACAUCCAGACCCUGAGGCUGUUGCUGAAGAUGUAAAACGGAGAGUCAAUGCAUCUCUAUCAAGAAGAAACCUUUUGUCCAUUCAAGAAAAGGACCAAUGCCAAACCGGAAACCCCAUCGACGAUUGCUGGAGAUGCGACCCCAAUUGGGCUAACAACCGCCAACGUUUAGCUGACUGCGCCAUUGGGUUUGGUCAAGGCUCAUUAGGUGGUAGAGGUGGCCAGAUCUAUCUGGUCACUGACUCCUCGGACCAUAACCCAGCCAACCCCACACCAGGCACGUUACGUUAUGCUGUUAUCCAAGACCAACCUCUUUGGAUCAUCUUUUCUUCGGACAUGGUCAUUAAGCUCAAACAUGAACUUAUUUUCAACAGUUACAAAACUAUUGAUGGCCGUGGCGCAAAUGUGCACAUUACAGGAAAUGGGUGCAUAACACUUCAACAUGUGACACAUAUUAUUAUCCACAACAUCCACGUUCACCAUUGCAAGCCUUCUGGUAACACUAAUAUAGCAUCAUCACCAACACAUGUUGGACAGAGAGGGGAAUCGGAUGGUGAUGGUAUUUCCAUCUCUGGGUCACAGAAGAUUUGGAUUGAUCAUUGUUCAUUAUCGUAUUGUACUGAUGGUUUGAUUGAUGCUAUACUGGGGUCUACUGCGAUUACCAUAUCAAACAACCAUUUUACGCACCAUAAUGAAGUGAUGCUAUUGGGGCACAAUGAUAAGUAUGUAUUGGACUCAGGAAUGCAAGUUACUAUAGCUUUUAAUCACUUCGGUGUAGGGCUGGUCCAGCGUAUGCCAAGGUGUAGAAGAGGGUAUAUACAUGUGGUGAACAAUGAUUUUACAGCUUGGGAGAUGUAUGCUAUCGGUGGUAGUGCAAACCCUACCAUAAAUAGUCAAGGGAAUCGAUAUACUGCACCAGCCGAUGAUAAUGCCAAAGAGGUAACAAAGAGGGUGGACACAAACGAGGGAGAGUGGGCAGAUUGGAAUUGGAGAACAGACGAGGACAUCUUGGUAAAUGGAGCCUUCUUUGUGCCCUCAGGAGCUGGUUUGAGUGAGCAAUAUAGCAAAGCCUCCAGCGUGGAACCCAGGUCUGCUAGGUUAAUUACAGAACUCACCAUGAAUGCUGGUGUCUUUGGUGACCCCAGAGAUGAUAGCGGGGGCAUUUCUAAUCCUGGAUUCAGCGGUGCUGGGACCAGUACUGUCACGCCCACCACCGGCACUCAAGGGACGGGGGCCGGUGGCGGUACUGAUGGCGACUACUUUGGAAUGAUAUUCGGCAGCGGCUCUUCACUACCCCGACCUCCCACAUCUAUUAGCUUAAUCUUUUUGUCUCUUCUAAUUAUUCUAGCUUUGAGCACCAUCACCAACAAUGGUGCCUUGUUAUCUUUCCCCUUAUUGUCAUUAUAGAAGUCAGGAAAAUAUUUGUCAUCAAUAUUAAGAUGUAAAGAGAAAAAAAAAUUCAUCACAAGCAGUUUGAUUCCAUUGCAAGCCCCACCGAUUAUCACAAUUGUAUAUAAUAACAUCAAAAGAUCAAUGAUUUGAGCCCCGUUAUGUAA